AUGGCCCGCGCGCCCGGCGCGACCUCUGCGGAUUGCAUCGGUGUGUGGCGGCGGGGCAUGCCCAGAGCACCGGGCACGGCCUUCAAUGGGCGAGGACACGGACACGCGGAAAAUUAACCACAGCUUCCUGCGGGACCACAGCUAUGUGACUGAAGGUAACGUACGUGUUGUCUGAGACCCCUCCGGCCGGCCGCGGCGUGGGGAUGCCGUCGCACCGAAUGCCCUCCGAAGCUGACAUCAUCUCUACCGUUGAGUUCAACCACACGGGAGAGCUGCUGGCCACAGGUGACAAGGGCGGCCGGGUCGUCAUCUUCCAGCGGGAACCAGAGAGUAAAAAUGCGCCCCACAGCCAGGGCGAGUAUGACGUCUACAGCACUUUCCAGAGCCAUGAGCCAGAGUUUGACUAUCUCAAAAGCCUGGAGAUAGAGGAGAAGAUCAACAAGAUCAAGUGGCUCCCGCAGCAGAACGCCGCCCACUCGCUCCUGUCCACCAACGAUAAAACUAUCAAAUUAUGGAAGAUUACCGAACGAGAUAAAAGGCCCGAAGGAUACAACCUGAAGGAUGAAGAGGGGAAACUUAAGGACCUGUCCACGGUGACAUCACUGCAGGUGCCGGUGCUGAAGCCCAUGGACCUGAUGGUGGAGGUGAGCCCUCGGAGGAUCUUUGCCAAUGGCCACACCUACCACAUCAACUCCAUCUCCGUCAACAGUGACUGCGAGACCUACAUGUCGGCGGAUGACCUGCGCAUCAACCUCUGGCACCUGGCCAUCACCGACAGGAGCUUCAACAUCGUGGACAUCAAGCCAGCCAACAUGGAGGACCUCACGGAGGUGAUCACAGCAUCUGAGUUCCACCCGCACCACUGCAACCUCUUCGUCUACAGCAGCAGCAAGGGCUCCCUGCGGCUCUGCGACAUGCGGGCAGCUGCCCUGUGUGACAAGCAUUCCAAGCUCUUUGAAGAGCCCGAGGACCCCAGUAACCGCUCCUUCUUCUCGGAAAUCAUCUCCUCCGUGUCUGACGUGAAGUUCAGCCACAGUGGCCGCUACAUGCUCACCCGGGAUUACCUUACAGUCAAGGUCUGGGACCUGAACAUGGAGGCAAGACCCAUAGAGACCUACCAGGUCCACGACUACCUUCGGAGCAAGCUCUGUUCCUUAUACGAGAAUGACUGCAUUUUCGACAAGUUUGAAUGUGCCUGGAAUGGGAGCGACAGCGUCAUCAUGACCGGGGCCUACAACAACUUCUUCCGCAUGUUCGAUCGGAAUACCAAGCGGGACGUGACCCUGGAGGCCUCGCGGGAAAGCAGCAAGCCCCGGGCUGUGCUCAAGCCGCGACGUGUGUGCGUGGGGGGCAAGCGCCGGCGUGACGACAUCAGUGUGGACAGCUUGGACUUCACCAAGAAGAUCCUGCACACGGCCUGGCACCCGGCUGAGAACAUCAUCGCCAUCGCUGCCACCAACAACCUGUACAUCUUCCAGGACAAGGUGAACUCUGACAUGCACUAGGUACGUGCAGAUCCCGGCCCCCGCCACCCAGCCUCGUGCAAGUCAUCCCCGACAUGAUCUUCACGACCGCGACGCAAGGAAGGGAAGGAAGUCACAGCGCCUACGAGGACGGCCUCAGAGGUGGCAGUGUGUGGACACAGUUAGCCUGAGCCCCCAUCCCUGCCCCAGCUUCCCUAGGCCAGAAUUGUGUUUGGCAGUAAUUGUUUAAAAAAAAUAAAAAGGAAAGGAAGCGUUCACCGCCACAAAUCAUAAAAUGGACAUGACUGUGGAGUCUUACAGUUCAGGGUUCUUUCAUUCACGUCCCUUUACCGUCUCGGUCUGCGGUCUUUACCACAUCAAUAGGACUUUUUAUGCGUCCGGAUUAAUUUUUCACUCCAGUGCGUCCUGCUGCAGGGGCCGGAGCUGAUGGGAGCUGCUUCCCCCCACGCCUCACCGGUCCCAGAUCGGGGCUUCAGGGACAGAUGACGAAUCUCAAACGAGCCAGCCAGGGGGUCUUUUGGUUAUACAUGGGGCAGUUCGCCCUGUCUCCGAGUUGAUGAUCUGACCUUUGUAUCUUGGAUGGCGAAUUCACGCUGAGAAUUUGCAGAUGCAAGCUUCUUUCCUAGGUUUUCUGAACAUCUUGAAACAUCCCAGGUCCCAGAUCUGGUUCUGUUUCCCGAGAGGAGUGGGGUGGGGUUUGUCUUCUGUGUGCCUGUGUCCUCAUCUGAUUUACCUGCCAUUUGCUGAGCCUCUCCUGUGUGCUGGGCAUGGUGCUCAGCCCUAGAGGCAGUUGACUUGCCCCCUGCAGCCCUCCCUGCAGCCGCUUUCCCCUCACCCUUCAGCAUUCACUGGGCACCUUCCUGGAGCCGACACUGGCUCCCAUUCAAGAUUUUUUGGAAUCUUCCUCCUGACUGUGAGGUGGGUGUUCAUUCAUUUCCAUCGUAAGCACCAACUUCUCGAAGUGUGCCAGGCUCUGGGCUGGAUGCUGGGGAUAAGAGGAAACCUUGGGAUCUCCUCUGUCCACGAGAAGAAACUGAGGCUCUGAGCAGAUGCACAGGUCACCCAUGGCAGGCGCCCGCCAAGCAGUGGUGUCAGGAGCCCGUCCGGGUCUUCACACGAGGUUCUCUCCGGUCCAUCUCGUGGGUGGCUCAUGUUUAAGUGACACUCGAAUGGAAGGUUUGGAAGGGAAUGCCUCUCUGUCUUGGAAAAUAGGACAUGGCAGACUUGGCGACAAGGGUCCAGGAGAACUGAAAUGCAGGAUGGAAGAUGGAGAAGACCCCCCCGGAGCUCCUUGCGUGGCUUCAGGAGUACGGCCCUCCCCGGGACUCCAGUUCAACCUGGGCUUGCACCCUCGUUGAGCCAAUGCACUGAACUGCCUCUGAAAGGAAAUUGCAUGUUCUGACCAUUUUAGGAUACCUGUACUUUAAGGACCACACAGUCCCAGAGGACAUGUCCCUCGGGAGCUCUGCCCCUCUGACAAUGAGGACCACAGAGAAGGUGGUGUUUCCAUGGUAGAUGCUCCUGUUCUGACGAUACCACACCUGCCCACUCCUCUGAGUCGGCUUUGCUCAUGGACUCACAGCAGAACCACGUAGUUUGGCAUUUUGAUUCAGAAAGUGAGGAGCAGAGACCCAGCCAAAUCCAACCGUUCUGUUUUGUUUGGUUUUUUACAAGAUGUAACAUAAGCCAGGAAAUAGACCCAGCUGAGGUUAUUCUCAGUGGAUUACAGUAGACUUUUGUGUGUGUAAAAGCACAAAGUGCAUGUGUACUCACUUCUGGCCGUAUAACAUUUACACAGGGAAAUGGAUCAUUGAUUUUUUUUUUUUUUUAAUCAACGUGAAUGAAGAAUGUUUGUUUAUAUAUCACUAUAAAAUCCAGUUGACCUGGACAGUAUUAUAUGUACAUAUCUAUUCUAAUUAAAUUUAACAAUCAAAG